AUGACAAAGAAAUCGGCUCAUGGAAGUAAAAAACAAACUAAUCAAAAAAGUGAUUCCUCCAACUCCAACAAUCUUUUGAAUAAUAAUGGCGAUAAAGGCUCAGAUGCCACACUGGCUAGGUCAGUGAUCCAAAAAAAAAUUAAAGAAAGUAGGAAGAAGCAUUCUGAAAAGCACGAAUCACCGAUUAUUUUUCAAUAUGCAGUGAUAUUUUUUCUCGGAGUUUUAACCGCAUCGAUAAUUGGAGGUUAUUUUUGGUACUUCAAAUUUCUAAAAGAAAUUGUAAUAACUCCUUUCAAUGCCCCGAGAAUUCUCAAUGCAAACUCUUCCUUGCCGAUCAACAAUUUCGAUCGUUUUUGGGGUUCAUACAGAUCCGGUUUAUAUUUUGGAAUGAAAGCCAGAAGCCCAAGCUCGCCCAAUUUUGGUAUCAUGUGGAUGUCACAAUCUGCAAAAAAAUUUCCUCCUGAUAUUCGUCAUUGGUGCAAUCAAGGAGAUGGCUUGCAGGGUUAUGGCUGGAAAUCUCAUGAUGGAAUCGGCUAUGGGAGACAUGAAGUUGUAGAUAAUCAGUUUAUUGUUAAAACUGAUUUUGUUACAAAACCUGGAGGUGCACAUGGGGGAGAUUGGACUGCAAACAUUAAAAUCAUUCCAAAAAAUACUGACUAUAUAGAAGAAAGUUAUCCUGUAUCCUUAUUUUUUUACAUGUCAUUAGAUCAUGAUUCUGGACAGUUGGCUGCCAGUACAGUAGGGGAUAGAUUAGUAGGAAUCAGAGGCAGAUCAGAAGAUUUAGGUUCUUUCCAAGUGUCUCAUAAAGUUGAGAAAAAAUUUGUAGAAAAUAUUUUGUUGCAAAAUUUUCUUAUCACUCGUGUGCCAACAGAUGUUGGUGAUCUAAAACAAGUAGUUCAAGAUAAUUUUAAAGUUUUGGAAAUAAAAAAUACAAAUACAAGAUUUCUUGCAUUGCGAGGUAUAAAUAUGCCAGAGGGUGUUGAUGUUUCAAAAGCAAAUUUUAUUAUCAAUCAAAUAACAUCAAAAUUGCCAUUUGAGAUUGACGUAUUGUACGAGUCUGGUAGUGUUGCAAUUAGGCCAGAAAAAUUAACUGGUGAUGUUUUCACCAACAGGUUAUUGGAUGCAGACACCGAUUUUGUUGUAAGGUUUGAGACCACAUUCAGAUUGAGUUUAAAAAAUUUUUCACAGUCUGAAAUAGAAUUUGCUAGAUCAACAUUUAGUAAUUUGUUAGGUGGUAUUGGUUACUUUUAUGGUUCAUCACUUGUGAAAUCCAAUCACCACCCAGAACCUUUACCAUAUUGGGAGGCACCCUUGUACACUGCUGUUCCUUCUCGGUCAUUCUUUCCUCGAGGAUUCCUGUGGGAUGAAGGUUUUCAUAACUUGCUGAUUAGUCAGUGGGAUUUUUCAAUCUCAGAAGAUAUAAUUAGCCAUUGGUUAGAUUUAAUGAAUGUUGAAGGGUGGAUACCCAGAGAACAAAUACUUGGUCCAGAGGCAAGAGCUCGCGUUCCUGAUGAGUUUGUUGUUCAAAAUAACGAAAACGCCAAUCCUCCAACAUUUUUUCUGCCUUUAGAGAAGAUUGCCAAAAGAGUUUUAUCAUUUUCAUUGCAGUCCUCUUUCUCACUUAGAAGAGAUAAAUUAUUUCUAGAGCGUAUCUUUCCACGACUCACUGCCUGGUAUCAGUGGUUUAAUAGAACUCAACAUUCAGAGAAAACUUAUUCUGCCUUUUACUGGAGAGGAAGAAAUGCUACAACAGAUAAAGAACUCAAUCCUAAAACACUAACUUCAGGAUUGGAUGAUUAUCCUCGAGCAAGCCAUCCAUCCGAUGAUGAGAGGCAUUUAGAUUUGAGAUGUUGGAUGGCUUAUGCUUCCAAAGUCAUGCAGUACAUAUCUAAGAUUCUUGAUUAUGAUGCUUUUGAUAAAGAGUUUGGGAGAAUGUACAAACUAUUAUCUGACAAUGCAUUACUGAAUAAACUGCAUUGGUCCUCAACUCGUGAAAGGUAUAGUGAUUAUGGUCUGCACACUAAUCAUGUGGAACUUAAAACAAUCCAGCUUGCAAAAACUCUCAAACCUGGUCAGUAUCCUCCUCAAAGAUCUCAGAUACCUGCAGAGAAAAUCAGAGUUGUAACAUCUGAACCCACGUUAGGUUUUGUCGAUUCUGAGUUUGGUUAUGUUAGUUUAUUUCCAUUUCUUUUGAAAAUUCUUGAACCAUCAUCAAUUCAACUAAAAAAGAUUUUAAAUGACCUUCCAAAUCCUGAUUUGCUGUGGACUAGCUACGGUUUAAGGUCGUUGGCUCGAACAAGUCCCAUGUACAAAAAAUUCAACACUGAGCAUGAUGCCCCAUAUUGGAGGGGGCCCAUAUGGAUUAACAUUAAUUACCUUGCUGUGUCUGCAUUGCAUUAUUAUGCAUACGAUAACGUUGGGCCAUUCAGUUCAAUCGCUGUUAAUCUGUACCAUGAUCUCAGAGAAAAUUUAAUUAGCAACAUUCACAAGCAAUAUCUAAAAACCGGUUACGUAUGGGAGCAAUAUGAUGAUGUCAUAGGCUUGGGUAAGGGCAGUCACCCGUUCACAGGAUGGACUUCUCUCAUUGUCCUUAUCAUGGCCGAACAAUAUUAG